AUGAGCACAGCUACUGCAUGCCUUGCGUGCAAGAAGCAACAUCUCAAAUGCGUCUGGGGUCCACAAAUUGUUGGAGGAGGUUCACAAAAAUGCCUUCGUUGCGCUUCGACGGGCAACGCUUGCGCCACAGCGCCCGUUUUUCGCUUUAAGCACUCAACUACGUAUGCCUACCUCCGGACUUUUACGUGCCAUUGCGAUGAUGAGAAAGCUGAGAUCCAUCGCAGGUCGUCCCCAAAUCAGGUUUGGGUCCCUUGCUCAAGACGAUUACAAUUCGUGGAUGAGACGCCCGAUGUUGAAGGUUACUACCUAUCAGAUUCGGAGAGUCAAAGCCAUUGGCUUGAUGGUAACCCUAACUCUCAUAUUGAACAAUUUACGGAUCUUGGGUCUAAUGUCUCUCCCACGUCUCACACUCAUGCAAUUGAGAUCAGUGGAGGAGAUGGAGCCAGUGCAGUUAGCAGGGACACCCCUCGAAAUUAUGGCCCAAUUCCACACGGUUCGACACUGGGAUUGGCCAACGUAGGAUCAGUACCCUACCCCUUGGCGGAGAAUCAUGAAGUGAGAUUGAUGCAAUAUUAUUUAACUUACAUGUGCACAUGGUUCGAUCUUUGCGAUUCCAGACGCCAUUUUGCCAACAUCGUGCCCCCACGAGCAGCGUCUUGCCCGACCCUCCUUAAUGCUAUCUUUGCCUUAUCCUCCAGACACCUCAGCCUGAACGCGCAAUACGACCCCUACGCCUCCGAUCGGUACCAUCAAGCAUGUCUGAGGCACUUGACAACAAUCUCAAACGACUCCUCCGCCCUAAACGACGACAAUCUGCUCGCAGCGACUAUUCUUCUACGAACUCUCGAGGAACUAGACGUUCCACUUAUAGGCACCGAUCACGAAGGCCAUCUGUUAGGAAUACAAUUAUUUAUGAACACUUGUGACUCUACGACGACCCCAAGUAGCCUACGUUUAGCCUCGUUCUGGAUCGGUAUGAGACAGGAGGUAACGAUGAGUUUUGCGAGUCAAAGGCCUGUCAAAAUCAGGCUCGACCACGGAUUCAUGGAUCGAUCUCUCUCUGAAGCCGAUGAUGAUACAUGGGCAAAUCGCAUUAUUGUCCACAGUGCAGAUGUUAUAAACUACUGUUUUGGAAAUACUGGCCCAAAUAGACACCGCUAUCAAGAACUAGUUGACUAUGACCAAGCUUGGCUACGAGCUCGGCCAGUGUCCUGGCUGCCUGUUGCCUAUAGUGCCUCUGGCGAGACGUUGGGGGAGGCUUUUCCAUACAUCAUUUAUUUAAACCAUGCUGUCGUCAUCGGCCAAGUGCAUAGCAUAUUUGCUCGUAUUCUUCUCAUGUGCCAUGAUGAUCGGGUACCACGAAUUGGGCCAUCUGCUCAGCUCGCUCGGAAGCAAAUCGACGACGAUAUCCGGACCCAAGUCCGAGAACUUUGCGGGAUAGCUCUCUCAAACCCCUCCACGAGACCCGCUGCCUUCACGGCCUGCAUGGGAGUGACGGCGUGUGGAGAUCGAUUCACCGAGAGACGGGAUCAAGAAGCGUUAUUGGAUGUGUUGAUGCUGACGCAGAAUACCCAUUCGUGGCCCACUGCAUCAGCACAGGACCAUUUAAAGAGAGCAUGGGGUUGGGUAGAUUCUUGA